CUGCGCAAGUUCAGGUGGUCCGUGACGUCUUCCUUCGCUCUUUUCGCUUGCAAUUUGAUGUUCCGAACCACUUAGCUGACUUGAAAUGAUAGAACUUUCGGUUUCCAAAACAGGGAUAUAUACUUAGAAAGUCACUGAGCUUUAGAGAACAGUUAUUGGAAAGAGAGGCGACUAGAGACGUAGAAAAAAGGGACUACUACGCUACAAGAUGAUGCGCUUCAUGCUGCUGUUCAGCCGGCAGGGCAAACUACGGCUACAGAAAUGGUACACAGCAGCCGCAGAGCGGGACAGAAAGAAGAUGGUGCGUGAGUUGAUGCAGGUGGUGCUGGCACGCAAGCCCAAGAUGUGCAGCUUCCUAGAGUGGAGGGACCUCAAGAUUGUCUACAAGAGGUAUGCAAGCCUGUAUUUCUGCUGUGCGGUGGAGGAGCAAGACAAUGAGCUCGUUACCCUUGAGGUCAUCCACCGCUUUGUGGAGCUGCUGGAUAAGUACUUUGGCAGCGUGUGUGAGUUGGACAUUAUCUUCAAUUUUGAGAAAGCGUACUUUAUUUUAGAUGAGUUCCUCAUGGGUGGUGAGAUCCAGGACACCUCCAAGAAGAGUGUUCUUAAGGCCAUUGAGCAAGCAGACCUGUUGCAGGAGGAGGAUGAAUCUCCAAGGAGUGUUCUGGAGGAGAUGGGUCUGGCUUAAACGUUUGCUCUGGGAUUUUGGGUAAGAGGAAGAGGUCAUUUGAAGACAUGAGGGAUGAGCUUCAACUGUGGGAGGAUGCCAUCCAAAGGAGGCGGGUGAAAUUGGCAGUAAUGAAGAAGCUGUUAUUCAGUUAAAAAAAACAAUGUGCAAAAAAGAGGUGUGGGGUAUUUCCACUAUGUUUUGGGGUGUUUUAUUUUUGUCGAAAUUAAAUGAAUGAUGUUUGAGUGUAUUUUAUUUCAAUAUCCAGGGAUUCAUUUGUGGAUUGUUGCAUUUAAAAAAAAAAUCAGAUUACGACUGUAUAUGAGGAGCAGAAUGUAGACUGUAUAUAUUUUUUCUCAAACCCAUAAUGCCCAUGUCUUUCUCCCCUCUGGAUAAAUCACUUGUCAUUAUGUAUUCUGAAAGUUCAAACAAAUCAGGGCAUUCUGGUACACAUUCAUUAAUAUAUCUUAAAAGACCAUCACUUGCUUCAUUGUUCAAAUCAAGCCCAGUAUUUGUGUUGGUUUCAUCCAGACGGUAUCAGUCUAUCUCUCCGAAAGAUUGUGUAAUUGGGCUCCAGACAUGAUCAUACAAUGAAGCACUAAGUUAACUAUACAGCUAAUGUUUAAAUAAUUUUUGAAAUACAAUUCAUAAUGCAUCAUAAAUCAAAUGUUGCCUUUGUGCUGAAAGAUGAAUCCAGAACCUCAUUCAAGAAUUUAACCUUUUACCUUACAGGGGGCAAAGGCUGGGGUAUUCCUUUGCUACGUUAUAUUUCUAAUCCUAUGCUGUCCAAAAAGUUUGCUUUGUUGGUGUGUGACACCAUACCAUCAUUAGGGAAAGACCAAAAAACUAAAACAACCUGAAUCAUUUUUAAAUUUUAAUUUUUAAAAAUAUUAGUUUUGAAAGUAUUGUUUGGCUAUUGAAGAGAAAUACUCAAUAACACUUUGUUGGUCUCACAGCCAGUACAUUUUCUGUCACACUUAUGUAUUAAAAGGGUUUGGGUAAUGAUGGGGCAUGUCAAUUUGCUGUAGAAUUGUACGGAUACUAAAGGGAAUUAUGUGAAAGUGUAAUUUUUUUAAUAAAUAGACCAAAUGAAAACCCUAACCAUCUUACAGUUUUU